UAUGUAUAUAUGUAUGUAUGCAAGUAAAAAUGGAGGAACAAAGAAAGCGAGUUGAAGAUCAUAUGACCACGAUGGUCGAAGAGAUUGAUAAGACAUAUUUACGGAAAAUGCAGAGAGAUAUGCACAAGUGUGCAGCACAAUGUUGCGAAAAUGAAACAUACAGCAUACAAAAAGUACAUAACUGUGUGGAGAAUUGUAGUUCCUCUUUGAAUAAAGCACAACAUUACGUUCAGGGAGAGUUUGAACGAGUACAGGUAAUCGAUUUGUUAAAUUAUUUUUAUGAUGGUGUAUUUUGUAAAUUUUGUUUAGAAAACAUGAAAAGGCCGCAAACGUACACAAUCUAUCAAGAUUACAUUAUAAAAAUAUUGAACAGGGUAGAGUAAGAUUGCUUGUGACAUUUUUGGAAAUUGUGUAUAUCUGUUAAGUUAUUGACUCUAUCGGUCACAUCGUUCAAAACAGCAGUUUUUAAUCCUUUAGAAACUCCAUGCUUUUUCCUUUAUUCAUGUACAACAACAGUGUACAAACACCUGAACAAAGUGAUGCAAGUGUCACAACUAAUCCAUCCCGAUAAAAAAUUUUUCAUGCAUAAGCAUGUAUAAAUAUAUACAUAUAAUAGAAGUGAGGCGGGUAUUACAUAACACCAUGUAGAAUUCUAUAAAAUUAUAUGUCAAAUAUAUCCAUAUUUUUACAUGCGUAUUUCUAUAUAAGUCUUUAUAAUCCU